AGGUUAGAGAUUGGCUGGGGUUUAACCCGAAUUUGUUCUUACUUGCACCCCGCUUUGUCAGUUGUCACUGCAGUGAAGCAGGUUUAACCCACAAGACCAAUAGAAAAUCUUGAACAUUAUACGUGCGGCAGGGUUUGUUUCACGGGCACCGCCAUCCGACCCAACCCGGUUUCUCCAAUCACUAGCGACGGUAAGUGAGAUUCUAGGAGUUCCGGUUUGACUCGGUGCUCCUAACACCAUCAAAUCCUCAGCCUUUGCGGCGGCCCCCAUCGGUUUCUAUCAAAGAAUCUUCCCCCAUUCGGUAAAACCCUCCUUGAACCCUGAACAAACAAGGUCCGGAUUACAAUCACAAUGAAGCGUGUGUUCAAAAUCUCGGAGGCAGCAGUCCAAUCAGAGCUGCUAUUAAAUCUCCAUUGGCAUCCGUCAAAACCCAAAACUGUAUCCCCUCUUUUAUUUACUUUUCCGAAUUCCUCUCUUUUCAGAUUUUAUGGUGACCUUGGUGCCCGAACCAACCAACCUCCGCUGCCAACGGCGAUUCCCAGCAACAUCAUCAGCUUGUUCAUUGAAAAGGUUUCUCAGGCGGAGGCCCAACCCAAAGCUAGAGAGGAUCUGUUCCGGAAAGUGAUUCUGUUCAGAGAUGAAUUGGUAAAAAGUGUUGAUUGUUUAGAGGAAGUGAACAAGGUGUUGGAGGAGAAAGGUGAUUGGUUACUUGGGAGUUGUAAACAUUACCCUGCUUUAUGUACCAAAAAUUUCCAUGACUCUGCUUUUCUAGAGCUAUUGAAAAAGUUGUAUUCUUCGGGUAAUUUGGCCUUGAAGGUGUUUAAUUGGAGGAGAAAAAAGGCAGAGCAAGGCUAUCCCAUGAGGGAGGAAGAGUAUGCUAGUGGUAUCGCCAUUGCUGGUAGGAUUAGGAAUGUAGAUCUUGCAGUUGAGCUCUUUGCUGAGGCCGCUAAUAAGCAACUCAAGUCUACGUCUACUUACAAUGCAUUAAUGAGUGCCUAUAUGUACAAUGGUCUUGCUGAGAAAUGUCAAUUAGUGUUUCGGGAUUUUAAAAGGGAACCAGAUUGUAGUCCUUCAAUUGUAACAUACAACAUUCUUAUAUCAGUCUUUGGUCGUUUGAUGCUGAUAGAUCACAUGGAGGCAACUUUCCAGGAGAUAAAAAAUUUAAAUCUUUCCCCUAAUUUAAAUACCUAUAACAAUUUAAUUGCUGCAUAUUUGACUGCUUGGAUGUGGGAUAGCUUGGAAAGAACUUUUCAUAUGAUGAAGGCUGGACCGGUUAAGCCAGAUAUUAAAACUCACUUGCUGAUGCUUCGAGGAUAUGCACACUCGGGGAAAUUGGAGCAGAUGGAAGCAACAUACCAAAUGAUAAAGCAUCAUGUUGAUGACAAGGAAAUCCCAUUGAUUAGAGCCAUGAUAUGUGCAUAUUGUAAGAGUUCUAUCAAGGGUAGGACUAAAAGGAUUAAGGAACUAUUAAGGAUAAUUCCAGAAAAUGAAUACAGGCCGUGGUUGAAUUUGUUGAUGAUUAGACUUUAUGCUGAGGAGAAUUGUUUAGAGAGUAUGGAAAACUCGAUUAAUGAGGCCUUUGAGCACAAGACCUCUGUCCUUACACUUCGCUUGAUGCGUUGCAUUAUUGCAGCUUAUUUCCGAUACAAUGCUGUGGACAAACUGGCAAAUUUUGUAAAGCGUGCAGAAUGUGCUGGAUGGAGAAUCUGCAGGUCUUUGUAUCACUGCAAAAUGGUCAUGUAUGGAUCACAGAAGCGCUUGGAAGAAAUGGAGAAUGUCCUUAAUGAGAUGGAUAAUUUCAACAUGGAUUACACGAAGAAGACAUUUUGUAUAUUGUACAAGGCAUACUCAAUGUGUGGUAAAAGACACAAGGUUGAGCAAGUACUGGGAUUGAUGUGCAAACGUGGCUAUGGGAUUCCUUUGGACACAUAUGCAUCAUAAACCUUUGUGCAGCUAUACACCAGCAGAAGUUGCAAGAAACAUUUAGCCAAUCAGCAUUUCUUGUUCAUCAAGAUCAUAACACUUAAUAGAGAUUUCAAUUUACUCAUAGGUGUGAAUUGGAGCCAAGGCUGAGUUGAUACGGUGCUAGUCUCAAGCUGGAGCUUGGCUCGACAGUAAAUGGGUCGAAUUCGAGUAUUCAUUGAGUCAAACCCAAGUAGCUCAUGAGUAGUUUGACUCAUUCACACACCUAGUUACAAUGACAAAUUACUUUGAAAGUGCUACAUUGUUUGAUGGACUGAGACUACCCUUUAUAAGCUGAUUGCCAAGAGAAGGAAUAAAAUUCAUUAGUACAUUCAGGAUUGUGUGUUUUCUUGCUUGCUUCCUGCCAUCUGACAAACUUGAUUAAGUUUUAUGGAACUGUAGAAAUAAUCUUUUCCUCAAAUGCAAGGAGAGACAAUGUUUUGGCAAUUUGAUACUAACAAGAACUUGGCUAGAGCUCGUCAUCUAUGAGAAAGAGAGCUGAAGGUGACAUCUAAGGUUCAAUCGUGGCAUUCAUAAUUCAGUACAUGUUGAAUUGAUGAUCUUGGUUUAAUCGAGUUGCAUAGCUGUGUUCUCUGUUAGUUUUCUCAAAUACGAGGGCUGUUUCUUGAUGUUAGGUUGUAAAAGUAUUGUACCAUUAUCCACAGCAAGCAUUGAGAUUUUGGGGUACAAACCCAGUUUUGUUAUUUUUACUUCUAGCGAUUCUGCAACUUUGUUUCAAGCUUGGCCGAGAUGCAGGGUUCUUUGGCAUUCAAAUGAGAGUUGUAUUGCUGCAAUUUCUUAUAAAUAUGUGGAACCCAAAGCCAAUCUAUAAAUUUUUUUUUAAUU